GUACUGAUUGCUUUAAGUGUUAGCUCGUCUCACGUCUCCUUAAUAAAUUGCUUUGUUUUAUCAUUAUUGAGUUUUAUUUCAUGCUGGGAGUUAGUUGCUGUACCAGCUGCUGUCAAAAGAUCGUAUAGUUAAAGGGAUCAGAUGCGGAACUAUAUUUUAGGUCGGAGGCCCUCACCUGUUACUCGAGUAGUGCUCAAGUCUGGGUGAACUCAAUUUCGUGCAAACUUUCAUCGCUGUCCUCCCAUUCGGAGAAAACCCAGGAAAACUGCGGGAUUUUACAGGAGUAUUUUCGACUUAAAGUGAGUUUUGUGUUGCUAGAGAUUGUGAAGUUUGUGUUUCAGAGGGAAACUUCAGAUUUACCUGCCAAAAUGUCGCAAGAACGGACGAGCUCGCACGUAGUUCAUGUGCGUGAAAACAGUGCCUCAGACUUGGAGGCGCUUUUUGACCCACACGCAGCGGAAGCCAAAAAGUCGAUUCCACUACGAGACCGAAAUUUGCCAGCAUCGUUUUUUCAGCAGCCAGGAUUGAAUCAGAUGGGACAUGGUAAAAAUGGUCCUGAGGUCCCCGGAUACAACGAGGUGGGACCUAUCAGCCACAUUAGAGCGCACUCGUCCCCAGCAAGCUUGCAACAAACGCUGUCGGCCGCCCCUCAACCCCCGCCACCCUCCCAACACCUUCGCCAGCACAGUUGUGAUAUGCUGGAUGAGCCAUUGCCUCCAGGAUGGGGUAUGGCCAGGACCCCACAAGGACAAAGGUAUUUCCUAAACCAUGUCCUUCAAACUACCACCUGGCAGGACCCUCGCAAAUCUCACCCCUCCAGCAACAUGGGCUCCACCCAGCAACCAGGCAGCCCUGUCUCCGGCACCCAGAGCCCCCCUAACACCAUGGACAUAACUAAGAUGCCACUACCCUUAGGGUGGGAACGGGCUUACACCCCAGAGGGGGAAAUUUACUUCAUAAACCACAUUGAGCGGACAACAAGUUGGUUCCAUCCAUCUAUUCCAGCAGCUCAGCAGCGACCUGGUAUGCGGCUGCAUCCACAACAACAGCAACAACAAGCAGCACUAGCUCCAAGCCCACAGCAACCUCAGCAAGCAUCACCACUUAUGCGUAGCCCUAUCAGUGGUGCAAGCUCUCCACCUGUCCCACCUGGCCAGCAUGGCCCUUUGACAGCAGAACAGCAACGGCAGUUGAAGUUAAAACAGUUACAAAUGGAAAAAGAACUUUUAAAGAAACGGCAAGAAGAACUAGCAAGACAGGAAAUGAUGAUCCAGUUAGGGGCAGGAGGAGAGACAACUGACACAACAGCAGAUCUGACAACAGUUACAGAUCCUUUCCUGGGACAGACUGGCAGCACUGACCAUCACUCUCGUCAGGAGAGCGCAGACAGUGGUCUGGGAGGUAUGGGAACAGGCUACAAUCUUCCAAGAACUCCUGAAGAUUUCCUGAGUAACAUGGAGGAGAUGGACAUACCGGAUGGGGGACAUAAAUCGCAGGCACAGGGGGACUUCAUUAACAUGGACAUCGGCAGUGUUGGCGAUGUCUCUGACUCCCAUAAUAUGGACAGCGACGAUCUUGUGCCCAGCUUACAGGAGGUCAUUGGUACAGAUUUGUUGAGAGAUGUGGAGAAUGUUCUCAGUUGUAACAAAGCAGAUCACCUUCUUACAUGGUUGUGAGCUGCAGUGUCACCAGCCUGCAGUGCUUAGCCAUCUGCCAUGAUGUGUGGCUGAACAAGAAAAACUGUGAGAGGAGAAACUGUGCAAAGUUGUCAAAAGCUGUGCAUCAUGGUGCAGGAUGGAAAGAAAAUCAAAAGGCAUUGCAGUUCUUGGGGAAGAUGGACUCAUGUAUGCAACAUGAAAGGAUACGAGUUGACAGAGCACUCAGGCAUGUGAACUCCAGGGAUUCCAUUAAUGCCCCAUCCCCUUUUUUUAAAGUUUGACCGAGGUGAACCAUGAUGGGUUUUUUUUUUUUCUCAUUGAACCUGAAAUGUAUUUUGUAUAAAUAAUAGAUAAGAAAAGCACAAAAAAAUACAUAGGGAAAAAAAAUUGAUAUCAGGGGAAAAGCUCAAGUCACUGGUUUUGCUGCAGUGCGUAGUAUAACAUAGUCCCUCUUAACAUCAAUACUUGGACAAGAAUAACUGCAAGUAUAGAGUGCAGUGCUUCAUAUAACAUAGUCCCUCUUAACAUUAGUAUAUUGACAAGAACAGCUAUAGGAAUAGCAUGCAUUUUGGAUGUAAUCAGUUUAUAUUUCAUUGCAUCUGUUACUUUGAGCAGAAUAGUGAACAAAGUUUCAGUAGCUAUGAAAUACAAUAAGACAAGUCCUCACAUAGUUCUGAAACUGUGGCCAUACUCUGAUCUGCAUCACUGCUCAGGACCUGUUGCAACCCCAGUUGCUAUAGCAUUUUACUUUUACCAGUUGACUAUGGUUCAGACUCUUGAGUUGCCUGUAAAUGUGGAGUUAGCUUCAUCUUGCCCAUCUUCAUGGCAAGGUUGUCUCCUUGUCUCUCUUGCAUUUUGCAUGGGGACCAUGGCUAUGGUGUUUGAACCUGCAAGGCCCUGAGCUGCCAGCAGGCAGGUUAUCAGUUCAAGCCCAGUAGGUGUAAGAUUUUUUUUUUUUUGUGUGAGGAGAUGGCUGCACUCUCAAAUAACAAACGUAAAGCAUAGCGCCAGUUCUAGUAUGUAAAGUUCACAUCUCACUGUAUCUUUAACAUUUUAUCGUACUCAUGUAACCAGCAUCUAACAGACAAUAAACUGUGUAGGUGAAGUGUACAUUGCUGUACCACCAUGUGUAUUUGACUAUACAUAGUGUUGUACACAUACAUUGUGGUUCUUUAAGGAGCAGUGCAAGGCAUGGGAUGUGGAGUGUACUGGGUCUAUAUAAAACCUCCAGUGUGGUCUUAAAACUGAAUACAAAGCCAAAGAAAUCUGAUCUUCCAUUUUACAGCUGUUUGCUGACUGAGAAAUGAGAGAUGGAUUGUCUUGCUUUUUUGUCAUCAUAAGCCUAGAUGUUAAUGGCGUUUGUUCAUUAGACAUGAGUACAGAAAAAAGUUCCUCCCUUGCCUGUCUGUACCAAAGACUGAUAGUUCCAAAAUGUUUGACUUCACAGUUUGAAAAAAACCAGCUUUUGAUGCCCUAAGAUGUUAUCUCUUUGCCAGAGAAGGAAAGUUUUAUAACAUAUGCAGCUUCUACUCGAAAAUUAGAUACAGCUUUUCAAAAUCUAGUGGUUGAGCAAUUUCCCAAACACUUCAUAUCAGCGCAACAAGUUUGAUAUUUUGUGAAUUCCUUGAGACAGCAAGUGUAGAGAAUGACAUUUUUAAGUGAUAUAUAUAUCUAUAUAUUUUCACAUUAUAUGAACACACAUUUACCAUAUCUACAUGUGUUAUUUCAUAACAUGCACGUAUUGUUUGAGUAUUCUUAUAAAGGAGAUUGAAUGGCAUAGCAAGAACUUUUUCCUUGUUAUCAUUGAUUUUUGGGUCUCUCCCACUAGCCCCAUUUUACAAUUUUCUCAGGAAAGGUCACCCAAAAUGUUAUUGAUUUGCUUACAGAUUUAUAGAAAUAAUGAUUUUAAAAGCUUAAGCAGAUCGUAAAUGUUGGCAUGAGAAGAAAAGAAGUAAAUAGAGCGACGACAAAUGAUAAUGAAGUGUCUGUGCCUUUUAGUUAGUUUUCUUAUUCUUCAACAUGUGUAAUAUUUCUACAUUCUGAAUGGCUUUUAAACAAGCAAGAAUUUGGUAAAGAAGUGACCUUGUUCAAAAAUAUAUUUAAAUGCUGCACAUCCAUCAGAGAUUUGCUUUUGGAAGGGGUUGGGGGCUUGAAUAAGAAUUAUGUGGUGUGUGUUAUAUGAAGAAAUGCUCACUGCCAUAUUUUGUGAUUGUAGUAGAUUGUGAACCUUAGAUAGCAUUUUGCUUGACCUUUCCCACAUUUUGACUUGCCUUUCGUCAUGCUCGAUUGGCCAAUUGGACUAAUUUUCUUUAUUUGUACAAACUUCUCCAAGCUCCAGUUUAUUUUUUGUUUGAAGAAAGAAGUAACAUUUUGAGAAUCCCCAUUUAGAUGACAUAGAAUGAUAUAAUUGAUUAGAAUAUAGCAGAUUUAAAUCUUUGAGCCCAGUGCAGCAGAAGGGCAGAGCAAACAUGGAGUAUAUGACACGACACCAAGUAUGUGUGGUCACUUUUUGAGUCAUUUGUGUCCAUAAGAUUAGUUAACCCAUCUUUCUGGGUUGUCAUUCUGACAUCGGUAGAACAGAGUGCAUUUGUAUCCACUGAGGCAGUAAUACUUUGUCAGCGAAAAGCUAGUCUGUGUGGCUCAUUUGACCUCGCAUUACAUGCGACAACCAAUUUAGAAAUGGCAACAAAGAAUAGGCGCAAGUUUGCAUUCUGUGUUGAAAAUAUAUUUAAGAUUGUGUUUUGAUACAGAUUUUUCUUAAUUUCAUUACUUUUCUACUUUAGCUUUUUUUUUUUUUAAUAUAUAUAAAAUCAAAGAGCCUUCUCAACAAAUUUGUGUUUCAUUUCAGGGUUUUAGCUGUGUUAAAAGUGAUUUUGUCUUGGAUGUGUGAAAGAGAUGUUUUCUGUUGAGACUUGUGAUCAGAUUCCAACAGAUUUUGCUGUGUGAACAUGCUGGCCAGGUUAAGUCCCUAACCUUGAUCCUUUCCUUGUGUGAUCAGUCAUUGUAUUGCUUUAUUACAUAUGUAUGAGAAACAAAUGAGAAUGCGAACUGUAUUUUCGGUGGUUCAGCUAUGAUAUUGUAACCUACAAAUUAGUUGGGCACAGGUGCACACUUAAAGCUGUCAGUAUUGCAAGCAAAUGGUAAGCAGGUUGUACAUUCUGCUUAUAGCAGAGAUGAGAGUGAUGUAACCUAAUCAACAAAACGGACACAAAAACUAUUUGUCCACCCCUGCUUGAUCCAUGUUUGGCUUGCAACAUGCAAGGACACGUGUCCUUGCAUGUCAAAUGUUUGUUGUAUCUGCAGCCUCAAGAUGGCCAGAUACCUGCCUGCAGCAGCGAGAUGAAAUGGCGAUAAAGAACUUUUCAGUGGUGUAAUCACCCAUGCUGUCGUUUCGAAUUUUGUAACAUUUUGCAUCUUAAGCGAGAUGUAUUCCACAUCAUUUACAUGUCACACAAAUAUAUAUAUACACAUAUAUAUUUUUUAUAAAGUUUCAUUUUGUCAUGUUGGUCAAUGAUGCAUAGGGGAAGAGGGCAUCAGAUAUUCAUUUGUUCUGGGUUUCAUGUGUCCAUAUGUCCACUGCAUUGGGACAUUUCAAGCAUCUUUACUUCCUUGCAGAAAAUAUGCUAUGAUCCUUGUUUGUGGGUCUCAUACUCAGUACCGUAUCAAAUUUAUUUCCCAUUUCUAAUUGUGUAUGGGAGAUAAUUCAGAGCAGUGAAAGUCCCUUUCUUAACUCUGUUCUAAGCAGGGUUUUUUAAUUUUUUUUUUUAAUUUUUAUUAGGGUUGGAGGCUGUGGGCCCCCCCCCUCCCCUUUUAUUUUCCAUCGGUUUUCUAUUUGAAAGAAAGUUUGGUGACAACCAUCAGCGUGGCAGGCUGGCCCUGUUAGAAGCCAGUUAUCAGCCACUGGACUUCAGAAGUCAUGAAAUGUUGCCCUUUUCCUAGGUGAUGUCUUUCAGAUUUCAGGUAAAACUAUGUAGUUGGACCUUUUUCUUAGAUUGUUUUCAAAAAGGGAUAAAGAAUAGUUAAAUGCUCUUCUGCUCCCCCUUUCCCAAUCAUUCUCAAAGGGUUUAGUUUGGCAUUUAAAGGUAUAACAAUGAAAUUAGUUUCUUUGUUCCCUGGUUUGUCAUGUUGACUUGUAUUUGAUAGAGCAGUGCCUGAACUAUACUACACACAACAUGGCUGUAGAAAUAACCUACAGUUGCUUCUGCCUGUGGUCAAAAGUUAUUUUUGAAAAAAAAAAACAAAAAACUAUAAGACUGAUGCUUCGAGUUUAUUUUUUCCCUACCUUGCUAUGGUAUAGUUCUCCUAGAAUUCAGGUGUAAGGUUUGAAGCUUAGAGGAAAUUUUGUCCAAGUUUUCAUGAUACUCUUUCACACGCAGAAACACAUUCCAGUGGCUACGUGUCCUACAGGCUGGCCACCUCCUAACCUUUGCAGCGACCUUUCACCCAACCCUGGAAAACAGUGCCAGAUUUGAACAAAUCUAUUCCAGAGUAACGUUUGCAUUGUUGGUGGUUUGUCAAGCUAUUUUUAUGUGCUUUUUCCAGUUUUGGUGGGGUAGUUAAAACUGUGUGGACACCCACAUUUGUGAUGUAGUUUUAGUGGCCAGGUAAAUUGUGGGUUUGUUCAUUGUGUUACAGCCAUUAACAGCUUUCACAUCUUUUUUCACAGGGCAGCUGAUAAGGUGAUUCUUCAUUACAUGUUGCACAUUUGACCUGCAGUGAACGAGUUUAUCAAGUGUCUUGCGUUCCCUGUGUCUUUUAGAACGGCUGUCAUUCCUAAGAAAUUCACAAAAAAUGCUGUGCUCUUUAACCCCACCUGCAGUUUAAAAGUAGCAACAGCACUGUAUUGUCAUGCCUGUACGGCCACUUUUGCAGUUGACUUCUGGUUUUUUGGGACUGAUGCAGAUGUGAUAGUGAUACUUUUUGACUCCUUUUUCCUCAUGGCCUUCAGUUUCAGCAGAAUUGAACUGGGGUGGGGAGGGGUGAAUUCUUUGCCUUGUGCAGAGACUUGAGACAGCCUACAUAUAUUUUCACUGGGGUAUUUUUGCUGUUGUGUGAGGUAUUUUCUGUGAUAGGAUUUUUUUUUUAAACCCUUGGGAAUUUCCUUCCAUGUCGUGCCUCAGCAUCAACUCCCUCCCUUCAUGUGUGUUGUGAUUUUCUACAGUUGAAACAUACUUUAUGCAAUAUUGACUUCUUUCUCUUUAUGAGCUGAUUUUGUUCUAAAUUUUCUAGUAUAUUCCAAAGCAGUAACCCUGUGCGUUCCCAUUUUCCUCUAGUAAAGGCCAAAGAGAUAAGGCUGAAUGUAUUCUGAGUCUCACACAGGGUAGCAAGUCCAGCCUUAUUUUGGGAGGGACAUUGUCAACAGCCUUUCCCAUCCACAACAAAUCUUGCGCCUGAGGAUGAACAUGAUAAAUUUGUGGCUUGCUGUGUUUGAGAAGGCUUUUAACAUCUUUGGUUUGUGUCUUGGUGGCUCUGUUAAAAGGUUUUAAGUGUGCAUGAUAGAAAUGAUGAAAAUACGGGUCUAUCAUGAUUGAUUAAGUUUUGGGCCUUGAAACAAAUUAUUUCAGCUAGUAUUUUUUUUUUUUUUUAAUUGGCCUUGCACUUUUUUCGCACCUUGAAUGGUAUUCAGUGCUAUGAUAUUGCCUUACACAUCUGUUGAAACCUUUGUCUUCAUUGCUAUGGUUGUGUCCACAAUGCAGUGGCUUUUUAAGUUAAGUCUUUUGAGUUCAGUGCUAAUAAGCAAGAGUAUAAGAGUACAGUUAUUCCACUGGAUCUGGUCAGUACAUAUUUUAUGAAGGAAACAGUGCAACACCGUAUGGCAUUUAUCAUUUACUAGAAAUGUCCUGUUGACAGAAAGGUUUCUAGCAGUUUUCUCUUUGAUUUUCAUACCACGUUUAGUGCUGUUCAGGCACCUGCUGUUUCUUCCUGUGCUAUCCUUUCAUCUGCAUUGCUGUUUUCUCGACAUUUUAAGAAUGGCCACAAUGCAGAAGGUCCCCCCCCCCUUUUUUUUUAAAGGAGAACAUUUUGUAUAUAGUUUGUUACUGUACAUAGAUCUCAAGAUGUUUCCUGGUAUUAAAAAAAGUGAAAUCACACAUAAGCACAUUAAUUCUAGAAUAAUCUUUUUUAAACCAUUUAAUCAGCUGUGCCCUCCUUUAAAGGGAUUAAAGUGAUAAAAAAAUGAAUAAAAUUGUGUAAAAAGCAA